AUGGCUAAACUAAGUGGAAAGAACAGCAACAGUCCAGUGGUGGGUGUCAACAACAAGGCAGCUGUGAGGCCUCCAGUCCAAGUGUGUAUUUGUGUGGAAGUGCUUCUCCAAUUCCAAACUCUGUCCCUCAUUUCUGACCCUUUGCUCCCUGCAGCUGACUGGCCCCCACUUAAACGAGGCCUGAGCAAGUGCUGUGGCUCCUUGGCUCCUGAGGAGGAGCCAGUAUCUGCCUCCCAAAUGGAAGACGAGGAGGAGGAGGAGGAGAUGGAUUUGGAUCCAGAUCUAACCCCAGACCCGGAGGAGGAGGAAGAGGAGGAUGAGGAAGAGAGUGAUCUCGGGGAUCCAGCUGUCCAAUGCGUCCACAACACCCAGAGAGGUCUUCUCAACUCCCCUGGAAUCAAGGCCUCUGGUAUGUUGGGGAUGUCACCUGCUUCCUUGCACUUUCUGUGGCAGACGCUGGACUACCUCUCUCCUGUUCCUUUCCGGACUACCUUUUCCAGUGCCAGCUCUCCAGCACGACACUUGGACCUCGACUUCUCCUACCAGACCCAACCUCUCUUCUGCAGCCCACCAACCUCAUGGCCCCCUAGUUUCAGUCAUCUGACCCAGCUCCACCCUCAGCACCAACGGAUCUUGCAGCUGCAGCAACAUAGUCGAACACCAAGUCCCCCAGCCAAGAAGCCUUGGUCUCAGCACCCAGACCCCUAUGUUAACCUCAUGACCCGAAAAGAGAAAGACUGGGUGAUAAGACAGAUGGUUCAGCUGCAGAGUGAGAACCCCUGCCUGGAUGACUAUUACUACCAGGAAUAUUAUCAGACUGAGAGAAGCAGACCGAGGGAAGAACUACUUGGGCGAAGGACCAAGGUUGAAUCCCUCAAGCUGGUGACACCUUACAUUCAGAAUGCGGAGGCUUAUGAGUCAGUGGUUCGAAUCGAGGGUUCCCUGGGCCAGGUAGGUUCAACAUGUUUUAGCCCUCGUCGAGCUAUUGAUGCUGUACCCCAUGGAUCUCAAGAGCAGGAGAUGGGAGCUGCAAGCAGUCAGAGGCUUCAGGUGUUGUCCCGGAUUGAGAAGAUGUUCAUUCAGUUACUAGAGCUAGAACAGGGCCAGAAGGAUGGGCCUCAACAGCCCUGCUACUCCGAACAGCAGAGCAACCAGGUUGAGAAGCUCUUCCAGGCCUUAAAGACCCAGGAGCAGAAUAAUCUGGAGGAGGCAGCAGAUGGCUUCCUGCAGGUGCUCUCCGUGAGGAAGGGGACUCUGGUGGCAAGGCUGCUCCCUUUCCUGCCCCAGGAUCAAGCUGUUAGCAUUCUUCUGGCUAUCACCCACCAUUUGCCCCUCCUAGUCAAAAGGGAUGUUGCCGAUCAGGCCCUACAAAUGUUAUUCAAACCUCUGGGCAAAUGUAUCAGUUACUUGACCUUCCGACUCCUCCAAGGACUUCAGGGGCUAAUGCUGUUUCCGCCUGGCUCCUCAGAGCGACCAGUCACUGUGAUCCUUCAGAACCAGUUUGGAAUUUCUUUGCUCUAUGCCCUGCUGAGUCAUGGGGAGCAGCUGGUAUCCCUGGAGUCUUCUCUUAAGGAGUCCAAUAGUGAUAAUCAGCUUGGUAAGAUCUUAUGGACAGACAUGGUGGUUCUGAUUGCCUAGAUCGCCCAUAUGCCGACAGCCUCUCUGGCAGAACUAGCCUUCCCCAGCAACCUUCUUCCUCUGUUUUGUCACCAUGUGGACAAACAAUUGGUACAGCAGCUAGGGAGAGGAUGGAGCUUGCUUGGAUCUAUUGAUCCAGUUGUGCUGGAACAUGUACGUGUAGGAAAAGUUUAA